CUGGUCUCAUAGACUAUCCAGCAGUCGAAAAAUAAAUGAAAUUGUAUUCAAUCAUUUCUCGUUUUUUUCACGAUAAAACCGAACAAAUAUUUAGUGUGCGGAUUAACAGAAAGACAUAGAAAAUAUAUUGUUUGGCGCAAGAGCCUUCUUGAUAAACGUUACCCUGAAAAAGAGGGGGAAACUAAUAAGUAUCGAAUAACGCGAUAUUUGUUUGGCCAACCCUGCAGUGGGGGUCUUGUGUUUUUUAUUUGUUAUUUACCUCAUUUGCCAGGAAAAACAAAUUGUAAAAGAAAACCGAAUAGUUUCUGGGGAAGCAAAGCAAAGAACAUGGACGGCGACAAGCAGCUGGAAAAGCAGCUGGAGAAGGAGCUGGACGAGAUGCCGGUGCAGGAUUUGGACGAUGAUACCUACGAUGACUACGAUCUCAUUGUGCUCCCCGAUCAGGCAAAGUCCCCGCCGAAGCAGGAGGAGAUCGAGGAGGUGGAGGACGAGGAGGAGGAAGAGGAGGACGACGACGAGGACGAGGAUGAAGAGCAAAAGCUAGACGAGCGUCUGCGGUUGCGCCAACAACCAUGGCCAUCUUCGUCCGCCGGCACGAUGGACACCAUCGAGCUGAUCUCCUCGGACGAUGAGCCUUCGGUGGAGGAGGAGGCCGACAAAGAAUCCUCCAGCAGCGACGAUGUGGGCGUGAUUGAGGACUCGGCCAGCGAAAUGAACAGCGAUACCGAUAGUGACAGGCCAUUUGGCCAGCUGGAGCGUUCCUACCAGGAUCUAAUGGCUCUGCCCAACAAACAGUUUGCCCAGCUAGUGAACAUCAGCGAAUUGGCCUUCAAACUUAACGAUCUGGAGAGGAUCGAGUCUUCGGUGCUUUCGCUGGAAAAAGCCGCCACUGUGCCAGCUCACAUUUGGCUAAAAUAUCUGAAGGCUCGUUUGGUGGUCACACAAACGUCCGACGAGCGCAAGGAAUUCGAGGAUAGCUGCGCCAAAGCAUUGAGCUACUAUUACAACAUACCGCUCUCCGAGUUCAUAAUAGCCUACCUGGUGGACCAGGGAAACGUGGAUAACCAUGUGUUGUGGGCGAAACUCCUGGCGGACUACGACGUAGAGCGUCCAGACUUCGGUGACAAGUUGCGCCCGCUGCUCGCCACAAUCAGGGACGAAAACGAGUCCGCUGCCUUCGAAGAACUUCUGCGGAAGCACUGCGUCACUUGGAACUGCAGCCAAGAGCAGCGCGGCGCUAUUAAGCCCAUCGUCAAUAACUUCAAGCGUCAUCUGGACGACAUGAAGGCGCAGCACAACGACUGGGAUUGGUCGAAGAUACACAAGAGCCAUGUAGCCGAAGUGGAAACGUUGUCCCUGGAGGACGAUGUGAAGAAUGCGGUUAUCCGGUUCAUAUUCGAGCGCUCGGUGGCCAAGUUUCCCAUCGCCGACAUCCUGUGGAUAUCCUACAUCCAAUUCAUACAGGGCGAUGCAUCGAGCAUCGAAGAGGAUGAGGAGAAUGCUGAACUGGCAGCCAGGCGAGCUAGUCGCUUGAGCAAGGGUUUCCUGAGCAGCACCGCCCUCGAUUUGGCCAAGCGAGGCGUACGAAGUCGUCCGAGUGUGCGGCUCAACCACAGAUUUCUCGACUUAAUGGAGCGCGCAGACUUCGAGCAGCCCGAAGUCGAUCAGCAGAUACGCACAAUACUGGAGCGCAUAGUGCCCGACAUGAAUAUGACGGUGGAGUUGCAUCUGGACUACCUGGCCUAUCGCGUGCGCAACACGAAUGCCGGGGACGAGGAACAGGCGGCCAGCUUGCGCGCUGCCUUCGCCCGCGUUUGGGAGGAGCUGUCCGCGCUGUAUGGCGACGAGGCGGACACCAGGUACGAGGUGCUGCAGCUGUGGGCUCAAGUGGAGUACACACACCUUUCAAGUCCAGCGAAUGGCUCCGACAUUUGGCGGCAGAUCAUGGGUUAUCCCGGCAGCUCACAUCGCGGACUGCUCUGGUUGGGUUACGCUCAGAUGGAGAGCGAGUACAAUGCCGGCCAGGGCACACGGGACAUACUCCGGGAAGCUCUGUCGCAGCCCGCCUUGGAGAACGGCCUUGUGGUCCAGGAGCUGUACCGACGUUACGAGCGCUGCUAUGGUACUUACGAAUCGAUAGCGGCCUGUCAGGCCCUCGAUUUGCCGCGCGAAUACAACAACCUGCGUCGCAAACCAAAUUCCCACCAGCAACAGACUCGCCCGCAGCCGCAACAAAAUCGCGAGCCCCUGAAUCGCGAGCAGCGGCGUCGUCAGGCGCAUCAGCAGCAGCAACAGACGCAGCGGGGAACCAAGAGGCCGCAUCCUCCGUCCGCUCCCAGAAACGAAUCACCGCAUGGACCGCCGCCAGCUUCAAAGGCCAGACUCACUGCUCCUCCGCCAGCAGAGCCUCGAGAAAGCAACUUCAAGUAUUCGCAGAGUAUAGAGCUAAACAAGAUAUUUGUGAGGAACCUCCAUCCGGCGUCCACCAGUGCCGAAGUGCAGGAGCUGUUCGCGCCAUUUGGCAACAUAAAAGAUGUGCGUCUGGUCCACAAGCAAAACAAACAGUUCAAGGGCAUUGCCUAUGUGGAGUUCGAGCAGCCGGGAGAAGCUCAAAGAGCGGUGGCUGGAAAGGAUGGUUAUUUAUUUAAGGGCAUGAAUAUUUCCGUGGCUAUUUCGAAUCCACCGCCCAGAGGCUCCGCCUCCGAUGCCCCCAAGCCCAGUGUGGCGCCCAAAAGACGUGUGCCCACCUCGCUGAUCCCGUCGACAGUCGUGCGCCAGGAGGCCGCGGCCAAGAAGCGCCGCCUGGAGGUCGCCCAGGAGCAAGACGGCGCCGGCGAGCCGACCUCUUCGUCUACCUCCUUGGCCGCCGAUGACUCCUCGGAGCCAGAGGCGAACGGAGCAGGCAGCAAGGAGGAGAACUCAUCCGCUGCUGCAGCGCCGAAGUCCAACGACGAUUUCCGGAAGCUCUUCUUGAAAGAAUAGGCCAUCGUUAGCCCGCCGGCAAAGCCGGCAGUGAGCCAUUGUUUACCGCAGCUGUUAGUUGGUAUUCAAACACGAAUAUUUGGAUUUUAGAUAAUAAGAUUUAGGCAACACAAACUGAACCAAAUUAAUUGUACAAAAUCAAGCAGAACUAAGACACUUAUUUUUUGAAUAAUCAAAAGAAUAAAAAGAACAUCUCAGUUUGUUGUCGAGAGAAAAAAAACAGAAACUAUGAAUAUAAGUACAUGUUUUAUAAAUGUUAGCCCUGUAAUUGAGAAAUCCCGAUGUCUGUGAAUCCUGGAAUGCCAGAAAAUGCCACGUAGAUGACUUUAAAUGUACCGAAACCGAAAUAAAAUGUACAAAACAGCGUUGAUUAAAACAA